AUGGGCUCGCGACAAUCUUGCUGCUCUGCUUCAGGAAAGGCGGAGGUGGAAGUCGUGAGUGCCCAGCCGUCGGUCCAAGACACUCAAGCAGAGGAGGGGGUAGAUGAGGAAGCGCCGAACGCGGCUGUGUCGCAUGUGGGCAGCUCAAUGUCCCUCCGCCGUGCGCGGAUGGAGAGCAAGUCGCAAUUGGUGGUAGACAAAGACGUCUUAAGAGGAAUCCGGCUGUCCAGGACCCUGCGCCGGUUGGGGGCUCUCUGGCUGACCUCCCCUGCAGAUCUGAAAGAAUCCGCUCGUGGCUUGCUCUGGGAACAGUCACAGCCUGUGGAAAGCUUGGAUCGCUUCCUUUCGCACACCUGGUGGACUUCCGGCAGGUUGAAGCUCCUUGCGCUUCUCCUGCAAAACGGUUGGCCCUUCAUGCUGCUUUGCUACGUGCUGGCAGCUGCUGCAGCAGCAUCGCUUCAUUUCAGCUUGUCCAAUGUGCAGAGUCGCUUGGAGAAGGACAGGGAAUUCAUCUACAAGUCAAUCAAUGAUUGGUAUGGCAGUGAGGAAGCUUUCACAGAGCACGUGAGGGGACCUUUGAAGAAGGAGCUUUUGGCUUCAACUGCUGACCUGCCGGUUCAAUAUUCCUUUCUUAUGGUUUUGCCAUUCUUCAGCGUGUCCUUGGACGCUUUGCUGGGUUGUUCUAUGGCCGGUGUCUCGGUUGUGGACCUGCUUCCACGUUUCUUUGCCAACGACAUCGGCUGGGCGGUGCUUUGGUUCCUGCUGGGGACGAAGUUGACAUGGCGCUUAACUGAAAUCUUUUCUGCGCAGCGCUCUUGCCGGGCCAUGGACUAUGCAACAACGUGUUUCAUCUAUUUCGCCGGCUAUGUUUGCUGGUCAUUUGUUGGCGGGGAAGUCGUGGUCCUUGUCUGGGCGGGGCUGUGGCCGUCUGUGGCUUGGGCAGCGUUCUUGAUCGUCAUGAUUUACCUUCAGUAUCGAAGUGGCUUGUGCGACGGCGCCGGCGUGGUGCCUGCCGCCUCGCCGCGGACGCCAGCCAAAGCCGGGCGCGCUGCGCUGAAGCGACUGCAGGAGGCCUUGAACCGAGGAGCAGAGGCUCUCGUGGCGUCGCCUGCGAAGCAGCCGCGUGGGGCUGGGCUGACACCUGAGCUGGCCUAUGCCCGACAGAAGCUGGUGACAAGUGAGAAGGGCGCAUGA